AAAAAGAAAAUAAACACGUACACACAUAGAAAUACAAUCGAAAAGCAUAGAAAAAAUAACAAAAUUUUUAUUAUUAUUUGUUAAACCUAAAUUAAAACAACAUUAGAAAGCGGUAGCAUUGUUUAACACAAACAUUUCGCAUGUGAAAAAUAAAAUAAACUUUAACAGAACUCUAAAGGAACAACAAUUAAAAUAAAGUUGAAAAAAAGUAAAAGUGACGUGUAGUUUUUUGUGGUGUUUGUGUGAAAUUAAUAAUAAAAAAACAACAAUUUGUUUGAUUUACCUAAAACUCAGGGGGUGUAUUCAUUCAUAAAAUAACCCGUAAAAGAAAAGUGUAUCAAGGAUAAACGAAAUUAAAACAAACUGUUGAAAUUAUAACCAAACUACUUUCACAAAAGUCAUAAAAAUUAAUGUUUACAAGAUCGGCUCAUAAAUAUGGCUUUUAUACAACAAAUACGCGAUAGGUGCACAUUUCUUGUGUGCCUCCUGCUGGUGGUCUGUUUGUUUAGCAGCCAAUUCUCCUGGGGCUAUUUUACUUCAUACGAUAAAUUGGAUAGCAAUAAAAAUUGUUUUUGUGAGCUGGAAGGUUCCAUUAAUGAUUGCAGCUGUGAAGUCGACACUGUCGAUCAUUUUAAUAACAUUAAAAUCUUUCCCCGCUUGAGUAGUUUAUUGGUAAAGAACUAUUUUCGUUUCUAUCGCGUUAAUUUACAUCGGGAUUGCCCAUUUUGGCCCGAUGACAGCAAGUGUGCCAUGCGCUUCUGUCAGGUGCAGAAUUGUGAGGAGAAAAGUAUACCCAAGGGUUUGAUCGAAAAUGGUGAAAAUCAUUUUAUGAAACCUACAUUAUUUAAGUACACCAAAGAAGCUCAAGUAGCCGAUUGUUCCGAUGCUGAUGAUUUCAACAGUCUACUUGGUUUUCUCGAUACCAGUAUUAGUGAUCAAGCCCACAAGGAAUUCGAACUGUGGGCAAAACACGAUGAAGCCGAGGAGGAUUUCUGUAUAGUCGAUGACAAUCAUGAGGGAUCACAAUAUGUAGAUUUACUUAUCAAUCCAGAACGUUAUACAGGCUAUAAAGGAGAUUCAGCACAUCGUGUAUGGAAUAGUAUUUAUUUGGAGAAUUGUUUUGGCACUCAAAACAAAUCCAAUUCGUUUACGGAAUAUUUGGCUCAAAUCGAUUUGCACAAAAUGUGUUUGGAACAACGUGCCUUUUAUCGUAUCAUAUCAGGCCUACACUCCAGUAUCAAUAUACAUUUGUGUUCCAAAUAUUUGCUAUCGGAAUCUAAAGAUUUCUUAGAUCCUCAGGGCAUAUGGGGGCCAAAUGUUAAGGAAUUCCAAAGAAGAUUUAGUCCUGAGACUACAAAUGGUGAGGGUCCUCAUUGGCUAAGGAAUUUGUAUUUCAUUUAUUUGGUAGAGUUAAGAGCUUUGGCUAAAGCUGCACCCUAUCUAAGAAGAGAAGAAUAUUACACCGGUAUAGUGGAGGAGGAUCAGGAGACUAAAAUGGCCAUUAAUGAUUUGUUGUCUGUAAUUGAAUCUUUUCCCAAUCAUUUUGAUGAGAAUGCUUUAUUCUCGGGCAGCAUACAGGGCAUUAAAUUCAAACAUGAAUUUAAAGAAAAAUUUAGAAAUAUUUCCAGAAUUAUGGAUUGUGUUGGUUGUGAUAAAUGUAAAUUAUGGGGUAAAUUACAGACCCAAGGUUUGGGUACUGCUUUGAAGAUUUUAUACUCCGAGAAGCUUAAUCAGGCCACGGAAAGUGGCUUAUGGAAUAAACCUCAUAUCGAGGCGGAUCCUUUAUUUAGAUUAUCACGUACUGAAAUUGUGGCAUUGUUUAAUGCAUUUGGAAGACUCUCUAAUAGUAUAUUUGAAAUGGAAAAUUUUAGAAAAUAUUUAAGAUAAUAAAACAAAAUAACACCAAGCAGAUCAGCCUCCCCUUAGGCCUAUGUAUACUUAAUGUUUGUAGAACAUUUAUUUAAAAUUUCACUAGUACAAUUUAUCCUUUUACUCCGGUCCAUAAUUCCAAAACACGUAUUAAAAUGACAUAAUUUUGGGUUUAGAUUAAAUGAAAAGAGAAACAUUUUAAAGACAACUGAAAACGUUUACUAUUGUAGAGGUAUUUAAUUAAUAAUAAUUAAAGGUUUCCCUAACAACGCUGGCGUAAUUUGUAUUUCCUUUUUUUUUUUUUUAGAAAAAAAAAAAAAAAAAAAAAAAAA